AUGGAUACCAUUGAAGAUUUGGCUGAUGAAGAUGAACACCGUACUCACCAGGAUAUUCAGGCACACGUGCAAGGGAAGCAUGGUUGUGUGGUUGUGCCCUACCCAGAUCCGCGUGCUGGCCAGAAAAUAACUUGCUGUCGUGCUGCAAACGCAGAAUAUGAGGCGCAUCUGGCCAAUGAGGAGGAGAAUUUGUAUCACCCUUUUGCAUUCAAGAUGGAAUGGGAGGUUGCAAGAUGGGCCAAGCUUCGUGGUCUGAGUUCGAUGGCAUUGUCAGACUUGCUCGCAAUUGAGGGGGUCAGUGAAUGCUUAUCACUCUCAUUCAAGAAUGCAAAUGAGUUGAAUGCUAUUGUCGACCAUGGACUUCCGACAGGCCGUCCAAAGUUCAAACCUGAGCAGAUCGUUGUCGCUGGAGAAGCGUUUGACGUCUAUUAUUGUGAUGUCAUCAAAUGUGUCAAGUCGUUGUACGGUGAUCUGGACUUCGCCAAAUAUCUAGCAUUUGCCCCUGAGCGACAUUAUUCUGAUGAAGACGAGACAAUUCGUCUCUUUCAUGAUAUGCACACUGGAAAAUGGUGGUGGGAUACACAGAAAAAACUUGACCAGCACAGUCCAGGCGGCACCAUUAUUCCCAUCAUUAUCUCGUCCGACAAAACACAAGUAACAUUGUUCCGCAACAAGUCCAUCUAUCCUCCUUUGCGUGGUGCACAUAUACUUCUAGCUUAUUUACCAUGUACACGGCUUCAGCAUAUCACCAACAAAGCUUCAUGCUGCCAAACUUUGGCAAACAUUUAUCACGCAUGCUUGCGCUGUGUUCUCGCUCCACUGAAAUCUAUAGGAGUAGAUGGGCUUCAUAUGGCUAGUGGGGAUGGUGCCCUCUGCCGUUGCCACCCAUUAUUUGCCAGCUUCAUUGGUGACUACCCAGAACAGCUUCUUGUGACUGGGAUCAAGUUUGGAGAGUGUCCAAAAUGCAACGUGGACGUGGAUGAAACGGAUGCCCUUGCUGCUCUCAAUGAAGGGAAUCUAUCGUUUGUUUGUGCUUGCUCGGCAGCAGGCAUCAAGCCCAUUGUCCAUCCUUUCUGGGAAGAUCUUGCAUUCACCAAUAUAUUCCAUGCGAUCACACCAGACGUGUUACACCAAUUAUAUCAAGGCUUGAUAAAGCAUCUCUUAGGUUGGUUGUCAGCUGCCUGUGGAGCAGCCGAAAUCGACGCUCGGUGUCGUCAUCUUCCUCCCAAUCACCAUAUACAUCUGUUCAGCAAGGGUAUCACCUGCUUGUCACGUAUAAGCGGAACUGAACACGCUCAAAUCCGCCGGUUUCUCCUUGGUAUCGUGAUUGGCAUCUGUUUGCCCAAUAAUCUAAAUGCGGGCUGUCUUCUACGAGCAGUGCAAGGCCUACUGGACUUCCUCUAUCUUGCUCAAUAUCCUUGUCAUAGCUCCGAGACCCUACAGCUGCUUGAUGACGCACUCAAUCUUUUCCACGAGAAUAAGGAUAUCUUUGUUGACCUCGGUAUCCGUUUGAAUUUCAAUUUUCCAAAACUUCACACCGCUCACCACUACUCUGCCAUGAUUAUGAUGUUCGAUGAAUUUGUGCAGAUGACAUGCUGGCUUGAGCAGAAGGAGAUGAUUAUGUGCCAUGACAAGUAUCUUCAAUCUGUGGUGAAGCACCCUAGUGCAAAGGCCAUCAGUAUAGACAAGCUGGUCGAAGACUACGGCGCUACCUAUUUCCGUGAAGCACUUGCACACUAUAUCACACAACUCAAUCAUGCCAAUGAUUCUAUCCCCCUCGGUAGUCAAACACUGGAUGUGUUAGCACAGGACGUCCAUUUCCCAUUCCGAACUCUCCCUGUUUUUCACAAGGUAAAGUGGCUCUCGGUAGACACUCGUGGUCACGAUGAUGCAACAGCCACGUUGGACGCUGUAUAUGCAAGACCACAACGGAGUUCAGGUUUGGGUCUGCGGCCUCACCGUUCAGAUACUGCUCUGGUGAGCAUUGGUGGGAAUCCAGAUGUUGUUAGUGGAGGUAUAGAAGGAGUCUGUGUUGGGCAAGUACGAAUCAUUUUCUCGUUACCUUCAAAAUCAGUUCCACUCCUGUUUCCACCAACAGUCAAGGUUCCCAAUCACUUCGCUUACAUUGAAUGGUUUGCACCAUUUCCUUCGGCUCCCAAUCGACACCAUGGACUUUACAAGCUCUCGCGAUCAUUGCAUGGUGGUGAAAAAAUAGCAAGUAUUGUGCCGUUGGCAAAUAUUGUGCAUAGUGUCCAUCUGAUACUGAAUUUUGUUCUUGAUAAUUGUAACACUUUUUGGUUGAACUCAUACAUAGAUAGAUAUACAUUUUCUUUAUUCAAAUGA